UAGUAAUAUGAAAUGAAUAUUUCUAGGAAAACACUUAGUAUUGGUAACAGAUCCAGAAAUUGUGGAAGAAGCCUAUGCCUUUGAUAAUCCUUGUUUCAAAGAUGUCACAAUAUCGUCAACUAACCGAACUCGAGAAGGAGCAGCAUCUCUGACACCUGGAAAUACCCCAGGUAAAGAUUCUGUACGAUGGUCUACCUCCUGGACUACCUCCUUAGGACUGAGCAACGACAAACGGAAAACUCUCGACGAUUCGUACCUUGGACCAAAAGCAACAAGGAUCAAUGUAGUUAGCUUAAAAAGUCGAGAUUUCACUGGACUGGGAUUUAAUAUUUGUGGUAAUAUGAGAGAAGGAAUCUUUGUUAAAGAUCUCUUACAUCGUGGACCUGCAUCAGAAUCCGGUCGAAUACAUCCAGGGGAUCGUAUAGCCAGCAUAAAAAUCAGUUUUCGAAAUAUGGUUUACGAGGAUGCUUUAACGAUUUUAAGCUAUGCUUCACCAUAUGACGUAAAACUUGAAGUAGAAAAUGGCGGAAUUGGAUCAAAGCCAACCACUCUUUUGAAAAAAAGUGUUGGUCCUAGCGCAGCAAGAAUUUGUCAUCCCUUAUACAGGAGUCAAUCGAUCCCAGAACUUUCACAAUCAAAAAGUAUUGCGAAAAGACUGUUCAUAGUCGAUCCAAAUGAUUCCAUCAAUUCUAAUUACUCGACGAUGAAUUCGACUUUGAAGUCCACAAAGUCUACACCCAAUAGUCAAACAUUUAAAAAAUGUCAUGAAGAGUCCAAAAGCAAUCACCAUAAAUUUGGUAUUAAAGUUCUACCCUCUCUUGAUGGAACUGUUCAUCGCAUUGAAAAUCAAAAUGAACAUAACACGAAUCUUGAAAGAAAACAUUCGAAAAAACUCGAUACAGAAAAACAUUUGUCAAAUAUGAAUAAAGCAUUGACAAUUAGUGACAAAAAGGAAGAAGCUCAACAUCAACAAACUUCACAAAUACUUCCAGCUCUUAAAGGAAAAAAUGAUACCUUCGAAUCAGGUAGUGAUACGUUAGAUAAAAACAGCAAACUCAGUGAUACAUCGAUUCAUAUUCCGUCAGAAGUACCGAUGGAAGUCCAUAAUGCAGCUAUGGCUGCUCGCAGAAAUCGGAAAAAUAACUCUGAACUACUAAAUACUCCCAAAAAUAUAGAAUCUAUCGAGACAGAUGAUUUUAAAAGUCAACAGAAGAAUAAGAGAAAAGCUCCACCACCGCCAAAAAGCAAUAAUUACGAUAUGGAAUAUAUUUCUCCUAUAAAGAAAGAGUCAUCAAUUACAAAAGAAUGUAAUUUAAGAAAAGAUGAAAUCAAUAGCAUUGCCGAUUAUACAGAUUCUUUAUCUGAAUAUAUAAAAAAAGUACGCGAAACAGAAAGAAUAGAUCCAUGUGUAGAAGAAAAAGUAGAAACUUUAAUAAUUGAUGGAAGACAUUCUGAAUCUGACACCGACAGUGAAAUUCAGAACAGUUUUACAACCAUCGAAUUGAAUCCAGCUGAUAUCACAAUUCAUCGAACACCUAUACCAGAGACAAAUGACGAUGAAGAUGAAGAAGAUGAUGUGUACAGAAAAGCUGCAAGCUUAGGUGAUCUAUCAAAGUACGAAUGCAGAACAUCCGCAACACUUGAAAGAGCACAGAGUUUGGAUAUGACUGAUACCGGCACAAAGAAACGUAAGGCACCUCUGCCACCAGAGGAUAUUAAUGAAUCUACAGAAGAUUUAACUAAGCUUGAUCAAAUGGAUACUUUCGAUAGACGAUUAUUAAAAAAAUCAAAUGAAUGGGGUAAUUUAGAAGACGUUGUAUGGCGUAAAAAACAGGAUUCAGAAGAUAAAAAAUCAAAAGUUAGAAAAAAAAGCAACGGUUCGCUUGAACGAUCUAAGUCUGCUAUAGAAAUUAAAAUAAAAACUGAAACUUCUGAUUCAAAAGAAAUAAAUCCUACAGAUGAUGAAACUAGCAUUGAACUUUAUAAUCUUCCCUUAAGCAAAAGACUUACAGAAGAAUUUAUUCAUGCAGAACGGAUGUUCAAUCCAGAUGAGGAUAAUUCCUUGGUCAGAAUUGUUAAUGAUGGAAACGUUAUUAAAAGUCCGACAAUUGAAGAAGUAGAAUUACAGUUUAAAAAGAAAACAUCAUUACCUGAAGAUUUUAGCAACGAUAGUAUGAUCAUGAAUGAACAAUUUUCGGAUGAUGAAAAAAUAGCAAAUAAAGAUUUCGGGAAAGCUUUGAAACAUUUUGAAACGUACGUUCAGAAACCAACAUUUUCAGAUUCGUCCAAACAUGAUUUAUUUCGUUUCAAAAACUGGAAGGAAGAUAGUUCAAUAACACCGAAUGAAAUGAUUUCAUAUACCGGUAAGAAAGCUGUCAAUGAAGAACCAGUGACAAAAAUUAAUAUUAAAAGAGGGUGUCAGGCAUGCGAUGAAAAUUGUAAUCGUCAUGAAACUUGCAAGAAAAAAUCUUUUUCUACGAAAAGAUCAUCUACUCCAAUACCUCUACAAGACCAUUCUUCGAAUUCAGUGAGAGGUAAUAGUUCUGAUUCGAUAACAAUUAAUGAUGAAGAACCACCAAACUCGAUAUCUCAGACGCAUGGAUCGAUGUUUAAAGACAAAGAAGGUAGAAACAAAACGUCGCCAAUAAAUUCGAAGACGCCGUCAAAACGAGUGGUUGAAGUUUCCAUUAAUCAAAGAAUGGAUCGAGAAAAUGACGAAGACGAAGAUGAAUACGAAUUUGGUUCUGGUGUAACUAUAAAUAACAAAAAUUUAUUUGAUCGUGAGGAUCGUCAUAAUAUUAACAAUAUCAGUGUUUCAAGUGGUGAAAACAGUGAAGAUAGCGGAUUAGUUGGUGAGUCGAUGGAUUAUAAUUCACAAGACUUUGAUAAUCGGCCACCACUCCCAAAUACGCCAAUGCCACAAAAAAUGACUUAUAUUACUGAAAUCAAACUUUCUACUAAUAGAGGAGAAUUUCAAGAGGAUGAUAACGAAGGCAGUAAAACGCUUUCCACAAUGGAAAAUAAGGGUAAAAAAUCGACCCAAAGUGAAAUCAAAAUGACUUCAAAUGGAAAAUCCAUUUCCAAUAAAAAGCCUCCUGUUCCACCUAGAAGAGCAGACAUUACAAAAUCUAGUAAAAAAGGAAAUACUGAAAAGCAAGUUAUUUAUGUAACCGAAUAUAAAUCUAAUGAAUCGAAAGAAUUGGAUAAUUCAGAGGCGAGCCAUGAAAUCAAACAAUUAGAUAACUGGUCCGCAGAAACAUGAUCAGCAGAUUAUUUUAGGAAAUAAAAGAUAAGAUCGACUAUAAAGAUGAAGUAUUAGCGAAUCAUAAAUAAUCGAUAAUGUUUUCAGAUCUUUUAUAUAUAAUUUUCAAUCGUAUCUCUCAUAUUGAAAUUCAAAUUAAAAGUAAUAAAUUAAAAGUAAAAAAUGUAAAUUGAUGAAGCAAUUGUAAACAUUGCGAAUUGAGCAUCGUUUUCUUUCUCUUUACGAGAAUAACAUAAAUAUUAUAAUCUAUGAAAAUUUUAAUACUAUAUACAUCUAAACAAUAAUUAGAAUAUACUGUACUUAAAGUGCUUUACACGAAGAAAUCAGACUUCGAUUUAUAUGUACACGCGUGCAUAUUACAUAUAGUGCUCAUCCUGAAUAGAUCUGCUCUUGAACUAGUCGAAGAAAAUUUUAUUUAGUAUCUUCCUCAAUUUUCUAAAAAGACUGGCUCUUAUUUAAAAACAUGAUUUUUGAUCAUUUGAUAAAAAUGUUUAUUGUUAUAAUUUUAUUUAUUUUACAACACAGCUCUUGUUUUAAAAAUUACUACAAUUAGAACUUGUAUUAUACAUGAAUUACAUCUGUGUAAGUAGUACAGUAUUAAAGAGUAGCGUACGUAUCAAAAAUCGUAUGUAUUUUGCCUGCGCUCUUUUAAACAUCAUUUAUUACAACAUUAUGGUAUAUUUAUAGAAUGCUUUAAAAUAUUUUAAAACUUGACUAAUAAAAUUAUCAAUGCAUUU